CUAGCUAAUGUUUAUCGUUAGCUGAAAAUUUAUGAAUCUCACCGGAUUCCGGGAAGCGUAACUCCAUAAGCGAAAAAAAAAUAGCUAUAGCCAUACUAAUCUGAACACACGGUAAUCGCGGCGCGCGAAAAUCAAUUCGGUUUGGCCAUCAAUAGCAGCUACUUAGUUCUGGAUGUAUGGGGACCGUACCUGUAACAGGUAUAGGGGAAGGCAGGGAGGGCGGGAACAGGAGCAGUGCACUCGCCGCCGUCGCCCGCCGAGCACGCCUCGCGCGCGCCGCUCACAACACGCGACUACGAACCCUGCACAAUACAGUGGAAGUGAACAGUUCUAGUGUUCUUCAUUCAAAACGUGUUUAUUUUUUAAAUUAUAUUCAGUAUUUUUCUCCUUUUUGGUAUUUUAGAGCGUUUUGCGUUUGGCUACGAAUUUCUGCGGUCAUUAUUUAUUUAGAUACCUGUCUUCUCGCGAUAGCUAACUAAAUUAAAAGUUUCUUGGAUCGAGUGCAUUGUGUCGGAAUAACAAGUUUGAUUAAAUUUCACCAACAGUUCAGUUCGGAUAAUAAAAGAUAAAGUGUUGUUCGUGAAAUACACCGACGAUGGAGUUUCUUUUGAAUGUUGUGACGGAGCAAUCUAAACACUCGCUCCCGGUACUGACCGACACGUAUCUGUACAGUUGAGUCGAGUAAGAUGGUCAAGUAGUGUUAAUAGACUGUUUAAGUGAUACAAUGAGCUUAUAAGUUUAAGUGGAUGUCAAGUGAUCGGGAGAGGAUGCCUUACUACGGGUACCGGGAGGGCGGGCCGGAGUCGGACUGUAGCGGGGGCUGCUCGGACUCCGAGGGGGGCGAGUCCGACUCGGAGGGAGGGCUCAGUACGGAGAGCACCGUCGGCCAGGGCCUGCCCUUCCCCGGCUUCACCCCAGUGGCCCUGCGGUACCUGACGCAAGAAACCCGGCCGAGGAGCUGGUGUCUGAAACUCAUCACGAAUCCGUGGUUCGAGAGGAUAUCAAUGUUGGUAAUCCUGCUGAACUGCGUCACGUUGGGUAUGUACCAGCCCUGCGUGGACGACCAGUGUAUUACGAAUAGAUGCAAAAUAUUACAGGUUUUCGACGAUAUAAUAUUCGCGUUUUUCACUUUGGAAAUGACUAUCAAAAUGGUGGCGAUGGGCGUUUACGGACACGGCACUUAUUUAGCAGACUCAUGGAACAGGCUGGAUUUCUUCAUCGUCAUGGCUGGAGCAUUGGAAUAUGCACUCAACGUGGAAAAUAUUAAUUUAUCGGCGAUCAGAACUAUUCGAGUAUUGAGGCCGCUACGAGCUAUCAACAGGAUACCAAGUAUGCGUAUUCUGGUGAUGCUGCUAUUGGACACAUUGCCUAUGCUAGGAAAUGUCUUACUGCUAUGUUUCUUCGUAUUCUUCAUAUUUGGCAUCGUUGGGGUUCAGCUGUGGGAAGGAAUUCUGAGACAGCGGUGCGAAUUCGUCCUCCCACCGAAUGUACUUCGACCCAAUAUAUCAUUCUACUACGAGUUCUCCAAAGAGCUGGACUACAUAUGCACGACACCCGAAGACAAUGGAAUGCAUUACUGCGGGGAUUUCCCACCGUACCGCUACGGGGCUCUUGUGUGCAACGAGACUGCCCGACCGUUCUCAUACAACUUUCCCACCAAUACGUCGUGUGUCAAUUGGAAUCAGUAUUACACAAACUGCACUCAAAGGGGAAACAACCCCUUUCAAGGCACCAUCUCCUUCGACAAUAUUGGACUUGCUUGGGUCGCCAUAUUCUUGGUGAUAUCAUUAGAAGGCUGGACGGACAUAAUGUAUUACGUUCAAGAUGCUCAUAGUUUUUGGGAUUGGAUUUACUUCGUUUUACUUAUUGUGAUCGGAUCAUUUUUCAUGAUCAACCUCUGCCUGGUCGUCAUAGCCACACAGUUUAGUGAGACGAAAAAACGUGAGAUGGAACGUAUGAGGGCCGAGCGUGCUCGAUUCACGUCGUCGUCAACCCUCGCCUCUUCUACAAAUAACAGUGAACCCGCCACAUGUUACGCGGAAAUAGUGAAAUACGUCGCGCACUUGUGGCGCCGAUUCAAAAGGAGAAUGGCCAAAAAAAUCAGGGUAUACCGGUAUCAACGCGCUCAGCUUCAGUGGCGAACGAGCAGAGAAACUCUCCAGCUGCCUGCAAACAAACCUAAACAGCACCAUCCUUGCUGCCCUAGGCAACAUCCACAGGGUAAUGGUGGCAAGAGUGUUAGUGAGGAGGGAGGUGGCGCAGGGUGCGAAGAGCCAUUGAGUAGGCCGAGCCUGUUGCGCGUGCCCUCGCUAUCCGCCGCUGAUCUCGAGAAUGCAUCAAACCUAUCCCUGUUGUCGCCGCCGUCUCUGGCGCGUCGGAGAUCAUCAGUAAUGUUCAGCGACACCGUACUACUGCACACGCCCAAUGCACCGCACGGCGCUCAUCCGCACAACGUGUGCUCCUCUGAGAAAAUGACGCAAACAGAUUCAUUGUGUCAACGUGACUGGCUUAAGAGCCAAAGUGAGUUCGACCUGCCGACAGGCGACACGGCGGAGGAGCGCGCGGCGGCGGGCGGUACCAUGUCCUGUCAGGAGUUACUCGCGCUGUCCGGGGCGUUGUCUGCCGCCUUGCCUACAGGACAAGUGGCGCUCGACACUUUCUUCGAAGAACUCACUAAGGGAAUCAGCAAGAGGGCUGGAGAAGAGAAAGCUGAUACUAGGAUUGUGGAAAUAGAAGACUUUUCAUGCUGUGCGGAUCUUCUGGCUGCCGAAGCCGCAGCAAAAGAGACCCGUAAGAGCCGCAUCAACAACGCUUGUGCUAACUUCUGGAACAGAAUAUCAAGAGCUCUCUCCAAACUGAGGAAGAAAAUCAAAAAUAUCGUUGACCAUAAAUACUUUCAACAAGGUAUAUUGUUGGCGAUCCUCAUCAAUACGUUGUCAAUGGGCAUUGAAUAUCACAAUCAACCAGAGGAGCUCACUGUGAUCGUUGAGAUCAGCAACGUUGUAUUCUCCGCUAUAUUCGCAGUUGAAAUGCUACUCAAAAUCAUCGCCGAAGGCCCAUUCAAAUACAUAUCCAACGGAUUCAACGUAUUUGAUGGAGUUAUUGUUAUUCUGAGUGCAUUCGAACUGGCACACAGCAUGGGUAACGAGAAGGACUUGGCCGGCAGCUCGGGACUCUCCGUCCUCCGUACUUUCCGACUGCUCCGCAUACUAAAGCUCGUCAGGUUCAUGCCCAACCUCCGGCGACAACUGUUCGUCAUGCUACGCACCAUGGACAACGUCGCCGUCUUCUUUUCCCUACUAGUACUAUUUAUCUUCAUAUUCAGUAUUCUGGGCAUGUAUCUAUUCGGUGGUAAGUUUUGCAAGUACGUCGAAGACAAUGGCAGCGAGCGGGAUUGUACCUGCCCCGAGAUCAUCUCGCACCAUCCCAAGUGUGAGUGCGACAGGAAACACUUUAAUAACAUCCUUUGGGCUACCGUCACCGUGUUCCAGGUUUUAACCCAAGAAGAUUGGAAUGUUGUAUUGUUUAACGGUAUGGAAAAAACGAGUCAUUGGGCCGCAUUAUAUUUCGUUGCCCUCAUGACUUUUGGGAAUUACGUACUGUUCAAUUUGCUGGUUGCUAUCCUCGUUGAAGGGUUCAGUUCAGAGCGAAAUGAGAGGAGGGAACGCGAGCAACGUGAACUGGCAAAGUCAAAAUUGUCGAGUGAAUGUUUCUCAGACAAUAACGAAUUGCACUACGACGACUCGAAUUCGGGAUCACAUUCCAGUGAGAGCUUUUCACAGAAUGAAAUAAAAAACUACUGGCGAUCGGCGGACGAUGUGCGAAAAGCUAAAGAUGACGUCAAUGGUCACAAGGAGAAAGCAAUGAAAUCCCGCCGUAAAACAAAGUCCUCAGCGCAUCACCCAACACUUUGCAAGGACUGCGCGCAAUCUAACAAAUGUAAUUUACAAAAGGAGUCAAAAAUGCUAGCAAGUAGUGCCGGUAUAACUGAAUCAUCGGCAGUACCUAUGAUAACACACACUGCGGCAACACCUCAAGACUCUCCUUCCACAACAUUGGAACCAGGAGCUUCGUUCAGAGAUUUUAAUGUAGCUCUGAGCUUAGAGAGGUCUUCGAUGCUUUCUAGUUUGGACUCCAUUGAUCGAACUUCAUGUGCCAGCAUACCGGGUCUUCUGAAACCUCCAAACAGUUACACGCUAACUCUCCAUUCGGCACAAGCUCAGCUAGGAGCGGAGAAGGCGCGUCUCCCGCCGUUGUCUCUCGCGCCUCCUCCCCUCACACUCGCUCCUCCGCCAUUACGAUCAACUUCACCAGCGCCCACGACGCCAACAACUCCAAGAUCUAUGCCGUCUCCAUUGUUGCCUGACAAAAAUCUACAACUUACUUUAUCGAAGGAUGAAAAUUGCUUAAACACCAGUGACAAGUCCAGUCUGCUUAGCUCACAAAAGAACAUAAGUGUAGUAAACAUGGGGCCAAAUGGCGAUGAUAAAUGUAGAGUGCAACGGGGAUAUAGUUGGCGACUAUCAAGACCCAGUCUAAGAAGAAAACCCAAGCAAAGAACAGGAUCUGACUCAGAUGCUAUAGUGCUUAACAAUGGAAGAGACCAUGCUGUCUGCAACGGUUCAAGCCUCCGCAAGAACGAGUUACUGCUAUCAUCGUCGAUGGUGAUAAAGAACGACACACAGUCGGAGCUUCCCAACAACCGCGCCCGGACCUCACUCCCGGCGCCUCGCGUGCUGCCGCCGCCCGCGCGACGUGUCUCCGCACACAACGCGCCGUUAUUACCAGACGUGUCGUGGAAAGCUCCAGAAGCCGGGUUUUCGUCAGACUCGACUGUGCGACUCGACAGUGUUAAACCUCCGCCACAUCGGCUAUCUCUAACCAACGACUAUUUAACAGUGACAUCAGUGUCAGAAGUGAAGGCGAGUAACUUGGCCCCCCCGACGGCCGUGGUGCCGGUGGCGCCGCGCGAGCUCGCCACGCCCGCGCUCCCCGCGAGACUCAACGUACAACCACUACCUCUUAUGAAACAAAUCAACGAAGAGGUACGUGUACCAAUGGAAGAUUUAGGCAGGCCAACAAGCGAGCAAGAAGACAGAAAGAAGAAGAAGAGCAAAGUAUUUGUUGCUAUAAAUAAUGUGUGCUUGUUAUCAUCGAGAUUUGACAGGCGACGAUACCGAUUCAAAGACCUUUUUCGAUUCAUGGAGCCGACUGGAUGUCUCAAAGAGAAAGAAUUUUACUCACUGUAUAUCUUUUCUCCCGACAAUAACAUGAGACGAUUCUGCACAUGGGUUGUCACUCGUGGAUGGUUCGACAACAUCGUUCUGUUGUUCAUAGCUCUGAAUUGUAUCACAUUGGCUAUGGAGCGGCCGAACAUACCUCCGGACUCUAAGGAACGAGCCUUCCUGUCCAGUGCCAACUAUGUCUUCACAGGAGUUUUUGCCGUCGAGAUGUUUAUCAAAGUGGUAGCAUCAGGCAUGUUCUACGGCCCCGACGCGUACUUCACAUCAGGAUGGAACAUUAUGGAUGGGUCCUUAGUGAUCAUAUCAAUCAUUGAUCUGUUAAUGUCUCUAGUGUCUGAAUCAAGUCCACGAAUAUUCGGAAUACUCAGGGUGUUUAGAUUGCUAAGGUCAUUGCGGCCACUAAGGGUAAUAAACAGAGCUCCAGGAUUGAAACUCGUCGUACAAACACUUUUAUCUUCACUAAGACCUAUCGGAAACAUAGUGCUGAUUUGUUGCACGUUUUUCAUUAUUUUCGGCAUUUUGGGCGUGCAGUUGUUCAAAGGCGCAUUUUUUUACUGCGAGGGAGCGAACAUAAAAAAUGUUAAAAACAAGUCAGACUGCCUCGCAAUAGAAGGCAACGUUUGGGUGAACAGGAAAUACAACUUCGACGAUUUAGGCAAAGCUUUGAUGUCACUGUUUGUACUGAGUUCUCGAGACGGUUGGGUUAACAUCAUGUACACAGGUCUUGAUGCGGUCGGGGUUGAUCAACAGCCCAUAGUGAACUAUUCAGAAUGGCGUCUCCUGUACUUCAUCGCGUUCAUACUAUUAGUGGGAUUCUUCGUAUUGAACAUGUUUGUGGGGGUCGUAGUAGAGAACUUCCACAGAUGUCGUGAAGAACAAGAAAAAGAGGAAAGAGUCAGGAGAGCGGCCAAGAGAGCUCUGCAGAUGGAGAAAAAGAGAAGAAAAAUGCACCAGCGGCCAUAUUAUGCAGACUAUUCACAAACAAGAUUAUUCGUCCACAACGUAGUCACGUCGAAAUAUUUCGACCUGGCUAUAGCCGGCGUGAUCGGACUUAACGUCGUUACGAUGGCCAUAGAAUACUACAGAAUGCCUCCGGCACUACAAUAUGCGCUUAAAAUAUUUAAUUAUUUCUUCACCGCAGUGUUUAUAUUAGAAGCGGUUAUGAAACUCGUCGCGUUAGGAUUCAAGAUAUAUUUAAAAGACAAAUGGAAUCAAUUAGACGUAAUUAUCGUCAUCUUAUCUAUAGUGGGAAUAGUUUUAGAAGAGUUAGAGACUAACAUAAUUCCAAUAAACCCGACGAUCAUGAGGGUAAUGAGAGUGUUGAGGAUAGCCAGGGUACUGAAGCUGCUGAAGAUGGCUAAGGGUAUAAGAGCUUUACUGGACACGGUCAUGCAAGCUCUACCGCAAGUUGGCAACUUGGGACUUCUAUUUUUUCUGCUGUUCUUCAUCUUCGCAGCACUCGGCGUUGAGCUUUUUGGGAGACUGGAAUGCUCUGAUGAAAUUCCGUGUCAAGGUCUGGGUGAACACGCUCACUUUGCUAACUUUGGCAUGGCAUUCCUGACGUUGUUCCGUGUGGCGACCGGCGACAACUGGAACGGCAUCAUGAAGGAUACGCUACGUGAAGACUGCGACAGUUCUGUGGAUUGUGUGAGGAACUGCUGCGUAUCUACCAUCAUAGCACCCAUAUUCUUCGUCGUAUUUGUACUCAUGGCACAAUUUGUACUCGUCAAUGUCGUCGUCGCGGUACUCAUGAAACACCUAGAAGAAUCGCAUAAACAAAUGGAAGAUGAAAUUGACAUGGACGUAGAACUAGAACGUGAAUUAGAACGGGAGGCUGACGACGAAGAAGAUAGAGCACUUUGUCGUGCUCUAGAAGAGUGUGUGAGUCCUCCGCGGCCACUAAACAAGGUACCGUCCCUCCCGGCUAACUUCACGUACAGCGAGCCCAAGCAACCAGCACCGUCCCCCGCACGCCGCCGGCGCACGCUGCACUCGCACACCGCUUUGUUGCCGACGUCGCUGCCGCCGAGACGCGCCUCCUUAUCCCCUCACGCCUUCGGGCGCCGCCGGCAGGACUCCAGCUCCGAGCCGCCCGCCGCGCUCUACGAGGAGGACGCGCGAUUCAUCGACGCCGACGACGUCGAUGAGCUCGAGCCCGGCAGCCCACCGAGAAGGGAUUCCUUCGCGCAAAACAGGCGACAGCGCGUCGACAAACGAAACUCACUGCGAGGUGAAGAAGCCCGCCUCCUGCGACCCGUGCUACUCGCCGUUCCCUCCACCAGGCAGAGUUUAAGACUGACCGGAUCAAAACGAAGAUCCUCCACAGAAUCUGCGGCGACUGAUGCCAGCCACACCUCGCGGUCUCAGAACCAGCUUACCCCUGAAUCGAUAGACCAAACGAUAAGUGAGGAGGAAAAAAUAAGAAUAGUGAUAGCUGAGAGGCGAAAAAUAGACGCAACGAGACCAGAGCCGGAUGACGUAGUAGAACUAGCGGAGCGAGGCUCCUAGUCCAGGCGGGGCCGGCCGCAGCAACACCAUGAAGUCUAUAUCUAGACGGUGCUCAAAGCAACGUCCGGAUGCCCUGUUCCCUAUCUCUCCCUUGUCCUUUCCUCGUCUGUAAAUCUUGUAUGCUCAAGGGCCAGUGAAUGUUUGAACUCGGUUGCACAACAGUGAUUAUAGUGACGUUAUGAACUAAACUUGACUUUGGUGCGUUUCAGUGUUGUGUUGCGUUAACGAUAUUGAUGAAAGAAGGAUAUUGCCUGUUUAGAAACGAGUUUCUCCUAUGUUUUUCUUUCACACAUCAAACCUUACCCUCACUUCACCAUUGCGGCCGGUUCAAUUAAUUCAAACUAAAGAGACUUUAAUAAAUUUAGUUUAAGUGUAAAAAUGUCUAGAUAGGAAUUAGAACUAGUCAAUUUGUUGUGGUGGGAUGUUUUCUACGAGAGCUAAAGUUUACUUCGUAAUUUUAUUAUUAGUACGGUGCUUGCUGUUAAAGGUUAAUUUGUUAAUUAUAAAUACAUGCAUAAGAUUUUCCAAAAAAACUUCAACGAAGUAUUGUUUUGUAGUUGUAACAUAGUUUCUGUUUAUUGUACGGACUCUGACUCGUAAAGUUCUGUGUGCAAAUUAAUGUUAGACUGUAUUUACGGAUUAAGAACGGGUUUCAAAUCAUUGAAUUAUUAGCGUUAUACGAUUGAUGUUAUUCAACGACUCUACAAAAGCCUAUGAAUUAUUCUUAUAUGUUCAAUGUGGAUACUGAGUCGUGAUUGCUACCAAAGUAUCUGUUAGUCAACGACUGUGUAGCCUCGUAGAGUAAUGUUACUAGCUAGAUCUUGUCAAUCUAUUGUCUAAAACGGAACCAAUCGUUCGCGAAUUGAAUAUUAUUCUCUCUAAAGAUGAAAAAAGAAUAUUUUCUGAAUAUAAAUAAAUCCUAUUUUCUUACAGUCAUGUACGUAACUUAGACGUGUAACUGGCAAUACGCACAUAAAUGAUAGAGUGUAGUUAGAAUCGAAGUAGAUUGUGAGUAAAGACGUCGCGCAGAGUUGAUUUGAUUUGUUCAUUUAAGUUGUGCUCUACCAUAGUUUGGACGUAGAUAAUUAUAUAUUAUGUAAUUUCUCUUUCCUUUAAAUUAAUUUCAAUCUGUGCCAAAUCUACAAAACCUUUAAAAUUAAGCAAAAUUUUGUAAGAGUAUUUUAUAUUUAAUUGAGCAGUUGAUACCUAGUCGCUUGUCCUAUAAAACUUUUCCGCUUGUUAAAUUACUUACUGUCUACUUUAGAAAAGGCCACAGAGCACAAAACAAAGUAAGUUAAAGUAAUUUAAAGUACCUAAAAUAUCAAAGAAAGUUCAGUUUAAAGCACAAACUGCUGUUUAUUUUGAGACAUGUCUAUGUGGUUCUAGUUACUGUAAAGUAUCGUACCUAGUUAGGGAAGUCAGCAAUAAAUUUUAUACUUCGACUGUGCCUUUCCUAUUUCUAACGUAUUAGCUUGUGAAGUUGAAUGUGAGUAGUCUCUGAGAUUAAAUGUAUACUGUAGGAGUUGGACUGUAGAUACAUUAAAUUAUGAGUCUUGUUGAGUCUUUAUUAAGUUUACGUUGUGUCAUGUGAAAAAUUUGUAAUUUUAAGGUAUUUUCUCCAAAACAAAACAUAGUCAACUUGUCAUUCCGAAACUACAUAAUACUAUCUUGAGCUAAAUAACACCGUAGAGGCUACCUACAGGUUAAAUAGUAUGGCAUUUAUGCAAUUGUUUGUUUUUGUGUAAUAUUAAUGUUAUUCCAUUGAAUGUUAUAAAACGAGUGUAGUGCCCCAAUUAUUAAAUGUUCUUAGUUAAUUUACUUAAAUGUUACAUCUUGCACAAGACACUAUCUUUUAAUUACAUAAUGUCUUCCAUCUUCAUUCAAUCUUUACCGAUGACUUGAAGUCUAUCUAUCAAUCGAAGUUUGAAUUUGUAGCUACAAUAGAUUCUUGUAAAAUAGACAUCGAGUGAUUUUCAUGUUUAAUAUUAUUUAUAUUUUCAAAGAAUUGAUUAAAUGGAAUUUAGUAAAAUAAGAAUAGUAUUUUCGUGAUAAAAAGUAAAUUUCGUGAUAAUGAUGAAUAAUUGUUUUUCGGUACUGAUCGUAUAAUAAUUUUAAGUGGUAUGAACAAUGUUCAUAGUUGAGUACACCUGUUAUCUUAGCUGGUGAUCUGUCGAGUUAAGAAAGUUACGACAAUGUUAGGUUGAAAAAAUAAAUCAAAAUUCAAA